ACCUUGUCACCAUUGGGAUUCGAGCCAGCUACUUUUCGAACCGCUCUCACCACUACAGUUGAUAUUGGAUUUUUUAAGCAAUAUCUUUAUCAUCCCAAUUGUGCAACUAUGGAUAUAAGGCGGUUCUUUGCUCCAAGCAAACCCGCAGUGCAGAAACCAGCUCAGAAUGGAAGCCGUAACACAGAUGAGAAGACGAAAUCAAUCUCCACAGAUGAAGUGAAAAAGAAAGCUUCCAACAAGGCCACAGCCUCCAAGGUGGAGAUUAAAAAGAAAGAUGGGCCAGGAAAGAAAAAGAGGCAUGCCGUUAUUGAAUCAGACUCUGAAGAGGAAAUGGUGCAGCAGAAACAGAAGAAGCCACCCAGAGGGAAACAGAAAGUCCAGACUCCAGACCGUCCUCCAUCAGCCAGGAAGGACCCGGUGCAGUAUGUCUCUGAAACAGAUUCAGACAGUGAUAACUUCCGGUCUCUGAGGAUUAACGCUAAGCGUCAGGAGAAUGGCACGUCCAAAUCAAAGGCCCGCCCUGUCCCUGCGUCUGCACCCUGUAAUGGAGGGGUGAAGAAAUUGCCCCAAACCCCCAUCACCCCUAAAUCUGCACCCCUGCAGCCCAAACUCACCCCUACCUCUGUCAUUGACUUCUUUGGCAGCGGUGCCGUCCAGCGCUCAGACAAGAAACUGGUCGCCAGCACCAAGCGGAAGGCGCCCUCUCCAGAUCCCGAGGAGUCGCUGAGUGAUGAGGUCAUCGCCCAGCAGCUGCAGAUGGAAGAGGACAUGGCAUUGGAGAGUCAAGUUCAUGACGAUGAAGAGUUUGCCAGGACAUUGGCCAUGUUGGAUGAAGAACCACAUGCUAAAAAGCUUCGUAGGGAUUCAGGUGAGAAGCACGGGUUAGCCACUUCACCCAAAAAAGGAAGAGCUGACUCCUCCCACAGCAGCAAUACCAGCCAAUCACAGUCCAACGGGCGGGAACAGGAAGUGAUAGGUCCUUCCCCUAAAAAGGUCACCCCUCCAGUCAAAACUAGUUCCAAACUGGCUAUGAUGAUGAAGAGAGAGGAGCAUGAGGAAGAGGUCGGGGGCAAGAAAGGAAAGUGCAAGGCGCCGAUCUCUCCAAAAAAAGAGGCUGUAACACCUUCCAGUGCAGCCUUUGACAGGAAGUCAAAGGCCAAAACAGGAAGUGUUACCAUGGUUACCACACCCACGACUCUUAAAACCCCGCCCAAGAAAGAGAGUCCAGAUGAUUCCGAGAAAAAGAGGGGGAAUCCGUCUGCCUUCCGCAGCUAUCUGAACCGAGACGGACCUAGAGCCCUGGGGUCUAAAGAAAUACCCACUGGAGAAGAGAACUGUCUGGAAGGGUGUGUGUUUGUCCUGUCUGGUGUGUUGGAGUCAAUGGAGCGGGAGGAUGCCAAGGCCCUUAUAGAACGCUAUGGGGGCAAGGUGACAGGAAACGUUAGCAAGAAGACCACACACCUGAUCCUGGGAAGAGAUGGAGGAGCUGCCAAAACUGAGAAGGCAGAGGGGUUUGGUACCACGAUCCUGGAUGAGGAUGGUCUGUUGGAGCUGAUCAGAACUAAACCUGGGAAAAAGUCCAAGUACCUGAUUGCUGCCGAGGCCGAGAACAGGGUAUCCAAGAGCAGAAACCCAGGUGCCAAGAUCUCCCCCCAGACCCCUAAACGGUCUCCCAAGACCCCCAGCCCCUCAAAGCCGAGGUCUGGCUCAGGCCAAAGGUUAACCUCCCCGGGGAGAGGUAAAGGGUCAGGGGUCAAAAGGGGGCUGGGCUUUGCGGGUAAGAAAGAAUCAAAACCCCCUGAUGCUCCGGCUUCACCCUCACUGGCCGGCGAAGGUGCCAGUCUGCUGUGGGUAGAUAAGUACCGCCCCCGGAAUCUAAAGGCUGUGAUUGGUCAGCAGGGAGACCUGAGCCCGGCCAAUAAGCUGCUUCGCUGGCUGAAGAACUGGCACACGAAUCACGCUGCUGGAGCUAAACCAGCGGGGCGGUUUGGGAAGUCUGGCAGUGCUAAGGAUGAUGGGUCCGGCUUCAAGGCAGCGCUGCUCUCAGGACCACCGGGAAUUGGCAAAACCACCACUGCAGUCUUGGUUUGUGAGGAGCUAGGUUACAGCUAUGUUGAAAUGAACGCCAGUUGCUGCCGCAGUAAGAACAGCUUGAAGGAGGUGAUCGCUGAGUCGCUGAACAACACCAGCAUCAAGAACUUCUACACAGGCUCUUCUCAGACGGUCAGCAGUAAGCAUGUUCUCAUCAUGGACGAGAUCGACGGCAUGGCAGGCAACGAGGACCGCGGCGGCAUACAGGAGAUGAUUGGUUUGAUAAAACAGUCCAGGAUUCCCAUCAUCUGCAUGUGUAACGACCGGAACCACCAGAAGAUCCGCUCACUGGCCAAUUACUGCUUCGACUUGCGCUUCCAGAGGCCUCGCUUAGAGCAGAUCAAGGGGGCCAUGAUGUCCAUUGCUUUUAAAGAGGGUCUAAAAGUCCCGCCUCCUGCCCUCAACGAGAUGAUCCUGGCGUCAAAUCAGGACAUUCGACAGGUUCUCCACAACCUGAGUAUGUGGUCGGCCAAGGACAAGGUCAUGACCUAUGACCAGGUCAAAGAGGAUUCUAACAACGCACGCAAGGACCUGAAGUUGGGUCCAUUUGACGUGUGCCGGAAGGUGUUCUCAAAGGCGGAGGAGACUAGUCACAUGACAUUGAUUGACAAGUCAGACCUGUUCUUCCAUGAUUACUCUCUCGCCCCACUCUUCGUCCAAGAGAACUACCUACACGUCACACCAGCUGCCGCUGGAGGGGACCUGAAGGCCCACCUGGUGCUGCUCAGUAAGACAGCUGAUUCAAUCUGUGAUGGAGACCUGGUGGACAGACAGAUACGGUCCAGACAGGCUUGGUCCCUGCUGCCGACUCAGGCGGUUUACUCCAGUGUGUUGCCAGGGGAGUUGAUGCGGGGCUACAUGAAGUCCUUCCCUGUGUUCCCUGGUUGGCUGGGGAAGUUCUCCUCCACCAAUAAACACGCUCGUAUCAUACAGGAGCUGGCCUCCCACAUGAGCCUCAAGACAUUAAGCAGCAGGCAGGCAGUGGCUCUGGAUUAUCUGCCCCACCUGCGCUCAGCCCUGCUGGCUCCCCUCCAGGGGCAGGGGUCAGAGGGCGCAGGCCAGGCUGUUCAGCUGUUGGAUGACUACCAGAUGGUUCGGGAGGACGUGGACAGCCUCAUGGAGAUCAGCCUCUGGGGGGGGCAGCCUGACCCCUACGCUAAGCUAGAUCCUAAGGUCAAGGCAGCAUUCACCAGGGCAUAUAACCGCGAGACCCACCUGACACCCUACUCCCUUCAACCAAUCAAGAAAGCCCGUCGUGGAGGCGGGGGGGCGGAGACAGAGCUGGGUGGGGAGGCGGUAGACGUGCUUGAGGAAGAGGAAGAGGAGGAUGGCCUUGCAGCUGAUGCCAUGAUUAAACAGAAGAAGGCCAAAUCCUCAAAGGAGACCAACAAGGAGAAGAAAGCACCAGGGGAUUCUGGGAAGGGGAAAGGCAAAGGCAAGGGUAAAGCUAAGAAGUGACCUCUGACCUACUGAACUUUGACAUAUGACAACUACCACCCCAACUGUACAUCUUACCUGACCAUUCCAAAGGGAGCAGAACUGUCAGCUGUGUGGAUGGACGUGUUCCUGUGUUUUGUAAAGAUUUUCGCAUAAUAAUACGUUGAUUGUAUAUCGUUCUGUUGUGACGUGUUUUUUCUUUUUCCAGUUAAAAUAGUGGUCCAAGGCAUUUAGGUUCUGGUUUAUUUCUAAACCGUUGUGACUCGUAUGGAAACGGAUCAGUAGAUUAUUGUCUCUCCUGGAAGGACUCCUGAUAGGGUCUGUGACGUUUGACUUUGCGUCUUGUGCGAUUCUCCUGCGUGAGUAUGUCAGUCUUGAAGGAAGUGAGUGAUAUAUGGGUUGGUAAUGUCUGGUGCCUAGAGGUUGGGAUCAAUAUAAUCUAGUCUGUCUAAGCAAUGCUGCCCUCUGGUGGGGACGCAUGAAACUGCUUGGGGCUAUUGUCAGUGUUGGCUUAGUGAUGAUGCUGUCUGGGACUCACAACAGUAUAGUACAUUUUUGGGGACCCUCUGACCCCCUUCUCACAGUGAGAGCGCAGUGUGCUUCGAGACAGUCUAAUAAGAGAUUUAUUAACAAACAGGUUUUUUAUUUUUGUUAUUCUCUGUUAAUAUUAGUAUUUUAGACAACGGACGUAUACACUUCUGAAACUGGAAUUAUAGUUUAACAAUAAUAAAGAAAAUGGCUUUCUA